CCCUAGUCCUGCGGCGCGUCACAUAUGUGCGGUUGCGUAUGUAUGCUUUCAGUGCGGCGCCUCACAUUUGUGCGGUUGAGGGUAUGCCGAGAAUACGUAAAUACUCCGAGCGCAUGGUACUUCCGGGUUUGGAUUUAAGUGUCGUGCGCAAUAGGUUAGGGGUUAGGGGUCAACGUCCGGUUGCGUAACCGGAAGUACGUCAUCCCAUAAUCCUUUGCGCGGUCAAAAUGGCCGCCGGGGCCUUCGUGUCGUCUGCUGGAAUGUAAAUUUCUUUUGUCUCGUUUGUUUGGAUAGUUCUGGCGGCAAAUUUCACUUUCUAACAUAACAAUGCCGCGGUACACGGUAUCGCAAGUUCACGAAGAGCUGUUCACGCGAGAUUCCGAUCCAGAAUUCCCAGAGUCAGGCUCAGAAUCGGAGGAAAGUAGCGAGAGUGACUCUGACGAUGACGUUCGACCUACGUUUGCACGUGGUACAAGGAACGCACAAGCGAUCGCGGCCGAGAAUGCUGACGAAGAUCGCAUGGAGAAUGACAGAGAUCGUCACCGUGGCCGCGGUCGGGCGAGAGGCCGUGGGAGAGGCCGUGGGAGAGGCCGAGGAAGUCAGCAACGGGGUCGGGGCCGUGGACGAGGACGUGCUCGCGGCGGUGGAAGGGGGCGUGCCCGGGGUCACGGACGGACGACUCGUGGGCGUGGCAGCACUGGCCCCGCAGCAAGCGGAGGCGAUGGGGCGGAACCCACAGCAAGUGGGGAUGAUGGAGCGGACCCCUCAGCAAGUGGGGAUGCUGCUCAGGGCCCUUCAAACGGUGUAGAUCCCAGGUUGGCAGACGGACACUGGCAGCAAGUGGAUGGUAACAGAGUGCCCCAGCCCCCACAUGAGUUUACAGGAGUAAGGGGAUUCACUGACCAAGUAAGUUGGGAGAUUUUUUUUCAUUUAUAAUUACUGUAACAAUAUUUUUUAGGCCAAAUAAGUAGGUAUUGGUGAUUUUUGCAGCUUGUGUAUGACAAAAUAUGAGGUCAAUUUUAGCUUUGCAUUUUUUUUUUGUAACAACACAAUAGCCUGUACAUUAUCUAACUGAAUGGUAGGUUCUUUUUAUAACCAAGUAUGUAGACAAUUAUCAUACAUUACACUUCAUGUCUAGAACUGACAGAAUACUGAAUUUUUCUUGUAGGUCACAUUGUCAGAUGAGCCGACAUCCCUUGAAUUCCUUGACCUGAUGGUGCCUCCCUCGGUAUACAAGACGUGCACAGAACAAACAAAUAAGUAUGCCCGGGACUACUUUGCACAACAUCCCAUGGAGGAUCACGAACCCAACUCGCGUGUCCGUAAGUGGCCUGAUGAGGGCGUAACAGAGUCAGAAAUCAAGGUUUUCCUGGCCCUGACGAUUGCGAUGGGCCUGGUACACCAUCAGGAUCUCUCCGAUUACUGGAGCACAGAUGAAAUCCUCACCACACCUUUCUUCCCAGCCACCAUGCCCAGAGACAAGUUUCUGCUCAUCUACAAGUUUUUCCAUCUUAGUGACAAUGACACAUACCUCCCUCGCGAUGAUCCGAACUAUAAUCCAUUCCAUAAACUGGGAGAUGUAUACCCUACCAUCCUACAACAAUUCAGUUCCAUCUGGGCCCCAGGGAGGGAGAUUUGUAUUGAUGAGGGGAUGGUGCCGUUCAGGGGACACGUGCAUUUUCGCACGUACAAUCCUGAUAAACCAGAUAAGUAUGGUCUGAAGGCCUAUCAGUUGUGUGACUCUGAUAACCAAUAUUGUUGUCGGUUCGAGUUAUAUGGCGGUAAGGGGAAACAGGCAUCUGCCAAGGGGUUGAC